CCUGAGUGUUUCUUCGCGGGGCGACGCCGCGGCCAGAUCUGGAUCUCUCGGUCGACAUGCCACUCGCGCCGUCUAUGCAGCCGUCGCGCCGCGACCGCAGUCAACGCUCCGAAGGUGUCGUCCGGCUAUUAUAAAGACCUAGAUGCAGCAGGAGACGAACAACAGGGCGCCGGGCGCUCGGGCGCCCGUAGCCGAAGCGCUGCUCGUCGACAAGGAGGAUAACACAGUCGCGAACGACGGCGAUGGGAACAUUGAAUGCGCCAUCGGCAAGUUCCGCGUGCCCCUGUUCCGACGUCUGGUCACUCCGAGAUGCUUCCUGCUUCUCUUCUGCAUCCUGGGAAUCCUGCAGGGAGCUUACAGGACUUACUUCAUCGGCGUCCAGUCGACGGUGGAGCGGCGCUUCGCGAUCCCGUCCAAGGCGAUGGGCCUGGUACUCACGGCCGAGAACAUCAGCCCCGUGCUGGCCGUCAUAGCCGGCUACUACAGCGGCGGCGAGAACUACAACCAGCCGCUGUGGCUCGUGUUCGGCAUGCUCACGGUGGUGCUGAGCUGCGGCCUCUGCGUGCUGCCGCACUUUGUGUUCGGGCCGGGCCUCCCGCUGGCGCUGUCCCGUAUGGCGCCCGGCCAGGAGACUGUCUCGGGGCUCGUUCCUGGAGGCGGCGGCGUCACCGCGUUGUGCGGGCAGUCGAGAGACGACGAGGACUGCCUGUCCAGCAUCACCCUGGAGGGUGACGUCACCAUCUUCAUCAUGUUCAUCGCCAACCUGCUGAACGGCUUCGGCUCGGCCACGUUUUAUGUGAUCGGCAUGACAUUCAUGGACGACAACGUGAGGAGGAAAGAUUCUCCGAUGUAUUUCGGUACGAUGUUCGCGCUUCGCCUGUUUGGACCCUCCAUGGGUUUCUUCUUGGCUUCGUAUUGCCUGUCCCAUUACGAGAUACCUUAUGUGGACCCGGGCAUCAUGAAAAGGGAUCCUCGCUGGAUCGGUGCUUGGUGGCUGGGAUACGCCUUCAUCGGGGUCCUCGUCAUCGUCUUCUCAUUGCCCAUGCUGCUCUUUCCCAGGAAGUUGUGGAAGACCAGGAUGGCCGACGUCGACCACAGGGUCAGCCUCGCCUCUGGCACGGCGACCGUUGACGCUGUAGAGCUUAAAGAAGUUGUGAAGAGACUUCUGCGCACUCCGUUGUUCAUCUGUCACGCUGCCGCGCUCGUGUUCACUGUGAACGGCCUCAUGGGAUUCUUGCUUGCCACGCCCAAGUACAUGGAGACGCAGUACAGGCGCUCGGCGGCUACGGCCAGCCUCUUCUCAGGCUCGGCCUCUCUAGUAACCAUGCUGCUGGCCGUGCUGUUCAGCGGCGCAGUGGCCCGGAGGCUGAAGCCAGGCGCGGGCAUUGUGUCCGCCUACAUCUUGGUCGUCGACGUGCUACUGCUCGCAUGCUUCGCUGCCUCUCUGAUGCUUGGUUGCCAGCAGCUGAACAUGGCCGGAACGCCGCUGCCAAAUGGCGAGCUGAACCUGGUGAACGAGUGUAACUCCCGCUGUUCCUGUAGCACGGAUGUGUUUGAGCCCGUGUGCGGACCGGACGAGCAGACCAACUACUUCUCACCUUGUUUCGCGGGAUGUCACAAUUUCAACAACUCGGACAGCAAACAACUGCUCGAUUGCCAGUGUCUGCUAGGACCGGAAGGCACGACCUACGCGUCAAAUGCAAGCGCGGGAUUCUGCUUCAACGAGUGUACCAUGUUCGUGCCUUUCGUGGCAGUGCUAGGCUUGGCGAGGAUGGUCUUCGCUACCUCCAAAGCUGGCAGCGUUCUCAUCGGCAUCAGGCCUAGCUGCCUACACCCGAGAGAGGAGAAAAUUGCCAUUGCGGUUCUGCUCACACUGGCCUUGAUUUUUGGUUUCAUCCCCUACCCGGUCAUCUACGGCGCCAUAAUGGACUCGUCGUGCCUCGUCUGGGAGGUGAACUGCGGCGCGCGCGGCAACUGCUGGGUCUACGACGCGGCCACCUUCCGCUACCUGCUGCACGGCGUCUCCAUGGGCUUCAUCGUGCUCGGCGCGCUCUUCAGUCUCGCCGUUUACGUGUUCGGUCGCCACUCGUGCCAGCUGCGGGCCGACCAGGAAAGCGGAGACGAGGACGAGGACGUGGUAUUCAUGCGUCACAUCGGACACCCCGGCAUAACUCACUCCACGUGACGCUGCACGGAACCCGCGCAUGCACGUUAUCUCCGCCGCUUGCCCAACCGCGAGGGGAUCUUCCUGCUUCGUAAUCACGAAGUGAACCCGGCUCUGCACGCCCCGAGUUUAUAGAUAAGACUGUUCUUGACGACACGGAAGCAGCUUGUCACCGUGCUGUAUCGUGUCCAAAGAUGGCGGCCCCGGUGACAUCAGUAGACAGUUUCGUCCACAUGGUUUCGUAACCAUGAAGGAAGGAAAAAAAAAAAGCCUAGGAGGGAUUUUCACGGGA